UCUUGCAUUUGGAUGCCGUGCGGUGCUCGAUCACCGGUGCAAACGGGCGGACAGACGGACGCUGGGGCGUCGGGCGUGUGGUGCGGUGCGCUGAGCUGAGCUGAGUGACCAAGCCUUGGCUACUUAGGGGUUAUUUAUGAGCUAGAGCGCGAGCGCUGGGUGAGAUCGGCUCAGCAUCAUCAUCCCUGAUGUGAGUAUAGCGGGAUUCAAGCAUGGAUACACGGGCCACACCUGUGCGCCAGCUGCGUUACCUGCGGACCUGUUGGAGACCACCGGGCACAGACGCACAGACCUGGGCAUCCUGCAGCCCGGCGAUGGCGUUGUGACCACCGGGUUCGACAAAGACCUUAUGGGGCCCCAUGCGCAUCAACGCGCCCGCUGGAUGGAUUAUCGUAGCUCGGAUUCAGACUGGGUUCUGUUCAGACCGGCCUUGCACUGAGCGGACCGAACCUCAGCGUGUGUGAGUGUGAUUUUGAGACAAAGAGCCCUGCGCGCACCGCGGAAACCGACGCGCUAUGGAUGCGGUUCAGCUGGACGGGCUCAACCCACCGGCGGAGAACGGCAAUGUGUCGCAGUCUGAACCGCACAAGCGCCUCUCGCAGGUGGACACGGUGGUUCUGCCCUUCCUCGGGGGGUUCGGGAGGUACCAGCGGCGCCUGGUUGCUCUGACGUGGAUCCCGGCGUUCCUCAUCUCGUUCAGCCAGUUCUCGGAUCACUUUCUGCUCGGCCAGCCGGAAAGGAAAUGCGUCCGGCCGGAUCAGAACAGGACGAGUUCGGCUAUUUUCGAUCUGAUGGCGACCGGCAACGACGCCGCCGCCGCCGCCGCCGAGAGCAGCAACGCUACGGCGUGCAUGUGCUCGGAGUGGCGGUUCGAGCUGCAGUCGGGACUGCAGCAGAAUGUGGUCACCAAGUGGACGCUGGUGUGUGACGGCGAGUGGAAGGUUCACAUCGCUAAGUUCUCUCUGUUGGUCGGCUCUAUCUUUGGUUACCUGCUGAUGGGAGCGAUGGCAGACUGGUAUGUCAGCGCUGUACAAACACACUGCGUCUGUGAUGUUACGGUGGUUUAUUCCGUGUUUUGUCGUCUCAGGUUGGGUCGUAUCCCUGUGCUGCUGGUGUCCGUGCUGUCCGUGCUGGUGUUCGGUUUGGCCGUGGCGUUCUCCGUGGAUAUGGCCAUGUUCAGCACGCUGCGCUUCUUUGAAGGCUUCUGUCUGGCGGCGAUCAGACUCUCCCUUUACGUCCUGAGGAUCGAGUUGUGUUUGCCCACGUGGCGUUUCUCCAUGACUAUGAUCGCCAGUCUGAUCAUCGUGGGCGGUCAGCUGCUGAUGCCGGGUCUGGCGGCUCUGUGCCGUGAUUGGCAGAUCCUGCAGAUCGUCAUCAUCGCCCCGUUUGUGCUCAUGCUGCCAUAUGUCUGGAUGUUUCCGGAGUCUCUGCGCUGGUUGUUGGUCACUCAGCAUUAUCAAAGAGCCAAACGACAGAUGUACCGCAUCGCCCAUAGCAACAGCGUCGACACGGCGACCGACCCCAGCGGCAUCCUCUCAGAGCUGGAGAAUGAACUGCAGCAGAAGCCGAAGACGUCCUGCGUGACGCAGCUGACCGGCACCAGAAACCUGUGGAAGAACACCGUCGUCCUGUGUGUCAACUCGCUGACGGGUUACGGCAUCCAUCACUGCUUUGCCCGCAGUGUUCUGGAGGGCAGCGCGUCUCACCUGCAUUAUUACGCUUUAGCGGCGAUCGCUAUCGCGUCCUGCAUGGUGCUGUUUCCGGUGGUGGGUGGUUUUGGCAGGAGAGGAGGACUCCUGACCUUCAUGAUCAUCACGGCUCUGGCGUCGCUGCUGCAGCUGGGUUUGCUCAACCUGAUCGGGAAGUACAGUCUAUGGCACGAUGCAGUUAUGCGGGACACGCUGAACCAGCGCUUCUCGUACGCGUUCUCCAUCAUCGGGAUGUUCUCGUCUCAUGCUGUCAGCACACUCAGCAUCUUCUACUGCGCUGAGAUCACGCCGACGGUCAUCAGGGGUGGCGGUGUGGGUCUGGUCCUGGCGAGCGCAGGUUUCGGCAUGCUGACGGCGCCGCUGAUGGAGCUCCACAAUCAGAAGGGUUUCUUCCUGCAUCACGUGAUCCUCACCUGCUGCACUCUGCUCUGCAUCAUUUGCAUACCGUUGCUCCCGGAGACGGCCGGCCAACCGCUGCCCGAGACUAUCGCUGAGGGGGAGGGGCUUCUGCGGCGGCCCAUCCUCCCCGGAGAGCAGCACCACCUAUUGGCCAGAACCGAGGUCAGGGAGUAUUCGCGCGUUCAGGACACGCCCCUUCACCAGGUCGUCAACCCCGGCAACUGCUCGGUGCCUAGCAACAGCACAGCCAAUGGCGUGAGGACUUCAUGACGGCGUUCUCUAAGAAGCGAUCGUCGAGAACGAGUUUCACGCAUUCGUUUUUAAGCUGCGAAACGCGACUGAUGUCGCAGUAAAGUGUCAAACGCCUCAUUAACCAGCAUCGGUGAAGAGUACUACCAUUGUAGAAACUGGAAAUGUUAUUUUAACUUGCGUCCAGCGAAAGGAGCUCUAUUUUUUGAACGGCCACUACUGAACAACAACCUCACAGAGGAGUUUCACUGAUUUGAAUGUGUUUUUUGUAUGUUUGGUAAAUGUUUGGUAUUUAUUAAAGACGGAAUUACGUUGCCGGUAAGAACCGGCGGACUUCAUUCAUGUACGGAAGCUUGUUUCAACCACAGGAUAAAGAAAAUAAAGGUAUUCGUGACUUUUUAACUCACAAUUAAGUUUUUUUCCCCUCGCAAUUCUAAGAAAAAAGAAAUUCGGAAUUCUAAGUAAAAAAUAAUUGCAGCAUCUAAAUUUUGAGAAAUGUCAGAAUCGCAAGAUACAGCCUCACAAUUAAGAAAAACAUCAAAAUCAAAGUAUUAACUCGCAAUUUUGAAAAACAAAAUCAGAAAUUGAAAAAAAAAAAAAAAAAAAAAAAAAAAAAAAUGGAGAAUCGCAAGAUUUAAUGUUACAAUACUGAGGAAAAAAAAGUCAGAAUCAUAAGGUAUAAACUCAUAUUUAAAAAAAAAUUCAGAAUCAUAAAAAAAAAAAAAAAAACCAGAAUCACAAUUCUGAGAAAAAACAACAACAGAUUUAAUCACAGUUCUCAAAAAAAUCAGAAUUGCAAGAUUUAAAGUUUCAAUUCUGAGAAAAGUUAAAAUAACAUAAAAACUUACAAUUCUGAGAAAAAAGUCAGAAUCACAACAUUUAAAGUCGCAAUUCUGAGAAAAAAAGCCAGAACUGCAAGAUUUCAAGUUGUAUAAUUCUGGAAAAAAAAAAGUAAAAAUCACAAGCUUUCAAACUCAUAAUUCAGAGAGAAAUAAACCCACACCAGAAUCACAAGAUUUAGGCACAGGUCAGAAAAAAGUCAGAAUCACAAGAUAUAAAGCCAGAAUGGCAAGAUUUAAACUCGCAACUGAGAAUAAAGUUAGAAUCAUAAGGCAUAAACUUGCAAUUAAAAUGAAAAAAAAAAAAUCAUAAUCGCAAAAAAUUAAACUGAGAAUUUCUAAGAUUUAAUGUCGCAAUUCUGAGAAAAAAGCCAGAAUUGCAAGAUUUUAACUUUUAAUUCUGAGGGAAAAAAACCCUCAAGAAUCGCAAGAUUUAGUUCAGAAUUGCAAGAUAUAAACUCGCAAUGGAGAAAAUAAAAUCAGAAUUGCAAGGUAUAAACAUAAAAUAAACCCCACAGAGAAUAAUAUUUAAAGAUGCAAUUCUUUUGAGAAAAAAAGUAAAAAUCACAAGAUUUAAACUCAUAAUUCUAAAAAAAAAACAAAAAACAAAAACAAAAAACAAAAACAAAAAACAAUCACAAUAUUUAGUUGCUCAGAAAAAAGUCAGAAUUGCAAGAUAUAAACUCACAAUUAAGAAAAAAGUCAAGAAUCAUAAGGUAUAAACUAACGAUUUUGAAAAAAAAAAUCUGAAUCACAAAAAAUAAAAAACAAUGGAGAAUUGAAAGAUUUAACUUUGUAAUUUUGAGAGGAUUUUGUUUAUUUAUUUUUAUUUUUUUAAAUCACCAGAAUUGCAAGAUAUAAACUCAGAAUCGUAAGAUUUAAAGUCGCAAUUCUAAGAAAAGUCAAAAUCGUAAGAUAUAAACUCACAAGUUAGAAAAAAGUCUGAAUGGGAAGGUAUUAACUUAUGAAAAAAUGUUUGAAACUUAUGAAAAGUGAUUUAAAAAAAAAAAAAGACUAAAUUCAGAAUCACAAAAAAGGGUGAAUUGCAAGAUUUAAACUCAGAAUUCUCAGGGGGAAAAAAAAAAAGUCAAAAUCCCAAGAUAUAAACUUACAAAUUAAAAAAAGUCUUAAUCAUAAGAUAUUAACUUAUGAAAAAAUGUUUGAAACUUAUGAAGAGUGAUUUAAAAAAACAAAACAAAAAAAAACAACAACUACAAAUUCAAUAUCACAAAAAAAUAAAAAUCACAAGACUUAAACUAGUAAUUCUGAGCAAAAAAUGCCAGAAUCACAAGAUUCAGUUGCAAUUCUGAAAAAAGACAAAUGCAAAGAUACAAACACAAUUUAAAGUUGCUAAUUCUGAGAAAAAUCCUGAGAGGAAAAAAAAACAUCAGAAUUGCAAGAUUUAAACUUGAAAUUCUGAGAAAAAGUCAGAAUCACAAGAUAUAAACUUGCAAUUAUGAAAAAAAUAAUUCAGAAUUGCAAAAAAUGAUUUAAUCUCAAAAUCUCAAAAUAAAAAUUCACAAUUCUGAAUUAAAAAAAAGUAAGAAUUACGAGACAAAGUAACAAUUUUUUGUUGAAAAAAAAAUAAAAAAAUAUGAGCUUAGAUCUCGUGAUUUUGAGAAAAACUCCAAAAUUACAAAAUUAAAUUGCAAUUACAUUUUUUUUUUUUUAUCCUGUGAAAACAAGCUUCCAUAUUUAUGACACACAAGCGUACAAAAUAGUAAACACUAAUUCUUGUCGUUCGUAGGACUGGUUGUUAAGCGUGUCAGAAAUGCGUUUUGCUCAUGUUUCAUGAAUGAAGUCCGCCGUUCAUGUGCACCUCACUAUGUUCAGGUUUUUAUAGUCUGUCUGUUUUGCACUAAAACUAGAAAAGCAAUCACGAGUCGGCCAGAUGAAUCUGAUCUGAAUGUGUGUGAAACCACCGGACAGAUGAUGGCUGUUAUUAAAAAAAGAAAAAAAAAAAGAAAAGAAAAAACAACAGCACAACUUAAUGGUCUGCUCUUAACCCUUGUGCGUCAAUUUAAAAAGUCCUUAAAAGACAAAAAAAAAAAAAGGAAAUAUUAUAUACUAAUAUUUUGUUCUGAUCAUAACUACCAAAAAUUAACUCAUUUUCAGGAUUUUAACCCUUUAAAUGCCAGUUUGUUUACAUAAUGGCACGAUUGUUUUUUUUUUUUUUAAUGAAAAAUUAAUUAUUUUCUAUAUACUAAAAUGCUGAGAUUUUAUUUGGAUAUGUCAGUGACUAGCAACAACAUUAUUUUAAUGCAUUAUUUUUGUGCAGUGUCAAAUUUUAACUCAAUUAAAAAAUUUUAGGCAGAGGCUAAAAACAGAAAAUCAUGGGAAAAUCAUAAGAAUUUAAAGACUUUUUAAAAUAGUGGAAAUGUUGACGUCUUGCCAACAGAAUGAAAAACUAUUAACAAAAAAUGCAUGAUUUUGUUCGCUUAAAUAUUGACAUUUUGAUGGGUUUGAAUUGGGACAUUUUUGCCAUUGAGGUCCUGAGCGCAACUAUUUUUCUACCUGGUUUAAAAUGGAUUUAUGAAAGGAAAAGAGAAAUAAAAAUAUAGAUUUUCACAGCCAAAAUGAUUAAAAAAAACAAACAUGAAAAUGAGUCCCAAGGACGUACAAGGGUUAACAUGCAAACAUUCACAAACUCAAUAACCAGUCACGGGCGAAACCUGUCAGGAAAUUGUCCUGGGACACAUUUCACAUCAAAAUCAAAAGAAAUGCAUUAAAGACGAAUAAUAUUUUGCAUCAAGAAAUUUAAGCUUUUUUUUAGACUUGAUAUGCUUAUCUGAAGUAAAAAAACAAAAAUCAUUCUAUUAAAGUAAUGAGAAUUUAAUGACAAUCAUUAGAAUAACAAAAAUAAGUACAGAAUUGUAAUGUGCAAAUGCAUUACCAUAAUGAGAUUUCUUUUAUUGCAUUGUGUUAAUGAGAUUUGCCAGGAGAGGAGAAAAUGAAAAUAAUGUCAGAAUGCAAAAACAGGCAAAUUUGAAUGAUUUCUUUUAUCUUUCGGUGUGAAAUGUGACCCGGACAUUCACUCGAUCCAUAAAUGUGAACUCGAACUCGUGGAGCACGACCACUAGAAGGGCUGCUGAUUGUUUUCAUGUAUAUUUAGCAACUAUUAUUAUGAUUAUUAAUGUGUAGAGUAGCAGUGGAGUAACUUGAACAUCACAAAACUCCUGUUUAUCCUCAAACUACUGAGUAAGAAACCAAAUUAAGAACAAAAAAACAGUCUCUAACCGUAUACCAGGACAUGAAACACUUUAACAGUGAUUGCAGGUAUUGUGUGUGUGUGUGUGUGUGUGUGUAAACAGAAUUCUGGGAUUUAGGAGUUUUGUCAUUUCACAUUCUAAUGACAGGAGUAAUAGUGAAUAAUCAGAAACAAGCACAGAAUCAAUAUCCACCUUUUCUGCAUUUGCCACAACACUCCAUAAUACUUCAAAUACUGAUUAAAGCACAUUGUAAGAGCACAUACGAGUCAAUCUCACAAAAUAAACAACAUUUCCAGGUCAUAUUUCACCCCAAAAAUAGCAAAUUAUAUUUUUCUUAAUGAAAAUUUAGCUAUUUUUAGGACCAAAAAUGUUAUUUAAUGUGAAAAAUUAUAUAAUAUUUAAAUUGUCAAACACUGCUAUAGGUAUACAUCACAAAAAAAGCUUAAUUAUUAAUAAAAAUAUAUAUAUACAAAUUUUUAAUAAAAAGCACCACGAUGCAAUGUAAUCUUGAUUAUUUAAAAAAUAAAAAAAUAACUGAUUUUGGCAUGAAACAUGACCUGGACACGCAUUCAUGAGAUUGACUCAAACACGGAGUGCAUAAAAUCUGCACGAGAGACUGAAACAUUGUAAAGCAUCAGUGUAUUUUUCUGUAUUUGACUCUCACGUGUCAUUUUGACGAUUAGGAUUAAAAGAGAAUUUCAUACAUGUUAAUAGUCCAUUUGAAGACAUUGCACUUGUAAAUAAAUACCGUUUUUUAAUACA